UUCUGUUGCGCCAGUAAGCGCCUCUCUCGCACAGCUCUUUUCGCUUCCCCGCCCCCAAGAGCUGGUUUGGGGGAGGAAAGCAUCAACGCCAAAAGAGCCGCCGAGCUCCUCGGGGUUGAUCUGGUGGAUUUAAAAAAGAAAAGAAAAAAGGAUUUCAAAAGUCAAGGUUUUGGAGACCCGCGCGGGCGAGCUCAAGGGAUCGCCGGCUUGAAGCAACUAACUUCUACUUCUGUCACUGUGGAUGACCAAUUCCAAGAUGUCUCUGUGGAGCUUCGUCUCCGACAUGCCUCCAGAGCGGUUCAGCAACCUCUUUGAAGAGUUUCCUCGAAACCUACGGUGCCUCCUGGGGGAGUGGUUGGAAAACCAGCCUUGGGAAUUCAUCAACAGAUCAGACACUUUCUGUGCUUUUCUGGCAGCAAGCCUGUUGUCUGCCAUGAUGGAGAGAUUACAAGAUCUGGCCAACAAAAUUGGCCAACCUGGCCCAGUUCUUCAGCUCAUUGCCAACGUUGAGAACAGAUAUCGGAGAGAGCCGCUGCAGUUGGUGGGGGUUAUAAAAAGGAUCUUAGAGCGGGAGUAUGCAGCUGUCCAAGAACAGUUUCAGCAUCUGCCCCUCUCUAUCCAGCGGCAACGGGAAGAGCUGAUGUUUAGAUUCAGUCUGCAGAAGCUGCAAUACAGAGUGCAGGAGAUCCAGGCGCUCCGGGAGAACUUAGGGCAGAUGAACGGCAGCACAAGAGUUCCUCUGCAGCUAAACUCACUGGACUCGCAAUUUUCAACCCAAGAGAACCUGCAAGGGACGACUCUCCAAAACCUUCAAAGUAUGUUUCUGAAUACGGUCAAUGAACUAGAAGAGGCAAAGAAAGUGAUGCUGGUGAGACUUCUGAUCUGGAAGAGGCAGCAACAGCUGGCUGGGAAUGGAACGCCCUUUGAUGAGGACUUAACUCCACUGCAAAAGAGGCUUGAAAACCUGGUGGAUGUUUGCUUCCAGCUCCGCUUGCAGUUGGCAUCCUCUGGAAUUGAGCUUCAGUCUCGACUUCAAGAACGUCUGGAUAAUGUCUUCAGUGCCCUCAUCAAAAACUCGUUCCUGGUGGACAAACAGCCCCCACAAGUUCUGAAGACCCAAACCAAAUUUCAAGCCACCAUCCGCUUCCUGCUGGGGCCUCAAUUGCUCAAGCCUCCACACACAUCCUUCAUAGUGGUUGCUGACAUUGUGACUGAGAAACAGGCGCGGGAAAUUGUUGCCAGCCAUCCUGGAGCUGUCUUCAAUGAAAGCACUGGAGAAAUUGUGAACAACACAGCACCUUUGGAGACAAAUGCUACAAGCAACGCCUGUUGUGCUCUCUUCAAGAAUAUGCUCCUAAAGAAGAUCAAACGCUGUGACCGCAAGAGCACAGAGUCCGUGACUGAAGAGAAAUGUGCUAUUCUUUUCAGUGCCAAUGUCAGCCUUGGCCCUAACGAAACCAACUUCCACCUGCAGGCUCUGUCGCUGCCCAUCGUAGUGAUCGUCCAUGGCAACCAAGACAACAAUGCCAAAGCCACUAUCCUGUGGGACAACGCUUUCGCUGAACCUACUCGCAUCCCCUUUGUGGUGGCCGAGCGUGUGAGCUGGGACAAAAUGUGUGAGACUCUCAACCAGAAGUUCAUGGCUGAGGUGCAGACCACUAAAGGCCUGCUGGACCAGCACUAUUUCUUCUUGGCCCAGAAGAUCUUUGAUGACAAUGCCACCACUCCAGAGGAAUUCCAGAAACGCCCUGUGUCGUGGUCCCAGUUCAAUAAGGAGAUGCUUCCUGGGAGAGGAUUCACAUUUUGGCAGUGGUUUGAAGGAGUCCUCGACCUCACCAAGAAAUACCUGAAGGAUUACUGGUCUGACAGGCUCAUCAUGGGCUUUGUCAGCAAACAGUAUGUUUUCAGUUGCCUGAACAAUGCACCAGUCGGCACUUUCCUGCUACGCUUCAGUGACUCCGAGAUCGGUGGCAUCAGCAUCGCCUACGUCACUUACUUCCAGAAUGGUUCCACACAAGUGGAGAACAUCCAGCCAUUCACGUCAAAGCAGCUGUGCAUCCGAUCACUUGCCGACUGCGUUAUGGAUCUGUCGCAGCUCGAGACACUGUAUCUUGACAGGCCCAAACAUGAGGCUUUUGGGAGGCACUAUAACAAAGAGAAACCAACGAAGACCCCUUACGUCCCAGCCACAUUGAAGAUAAGUGUGGGCCCGACUUCCUUGUACCCUUCUCCAUCCAUUCUGAACCCAGCCGACUCUAUGAACAACCUCCACGGGCAACCUGUAAUGCUUUCUGAUCCUGCUUCUCAUGAGCAGAUGAUUAUGAUUCAACCAACUAUGGACAUGUCUCCCUCCAUGAGAACAUCGUAUGGAAACCAGCAAUUGCUGCCUGAAUUAAUGCCCCACCAAUACAGUCUGGGCAAUGCUUCACCCCUCGGUCCAAUGGAGACAUACGCCAUGCCUCAGGAUGUCGAUAUGAUGGACUGUAUAUCUGAGCUCACCCCAACAUACCCGAGGGAUCUUCAGCUCUGUGUGGUGCCAAGUAUGAUCAAGAUGCCAGACACGAUUUCGCCACCCUCCGAUGAAGACCUGGACUUCCUACUAAAUCCUGAGCACAACCUGAAUCACUGUUGUGAGGAUCCAGCAUGACUAGCAUCUGUGCAUAAUCUUUCCAUCCAAAGCUUUGGAGGGACUUUUAUGGACUACGCAGCCAUCAAGCCUGGACACGCGAGGGCAAUGGUGGCUGGUGCCAUUUUUUUAUAGGGUACAGAAAACUCUUCUUGUGGCUCCACCCACAUGCACUUCCCCUGCUAUCGGAACCCUCAGACCUGCUCUCGAAUCAAGAGAAGCUUCGAUGCUGUGCUGGAUCAUAUCAUGAAACUAUAUGCUUUGCCAAGGGGCGUUCACCAGUUUUGAUUAGGCAGGAUUGCUAGGCACAUGUUGUACCAGAGGCACAAUCCCACUAUUAUGGAGUCUCCCUCCCUUGCAGCUUUGCACUGCCCUCUAGGGGUACAGGGCCCUAUGGUCCUGCGGCUACUUCUGAAUGAUUGGGAGUGAUGGGUUCCCUGUUGUAAAAUAUUGGACUUUGAUGGCCACCAGCAGCCAAGCCAAGAGGGCAUUUUCUCAGGAUCUUUGGACUCAGCUGCUCCUUGGGUUAAGGUUGGUUGGGCUGCUGGGCAACUGGCCAUGUGGAAAGACUCUAGUUGGCUCUUCUGUGCUGUUUGUCCAGUUUUUGCUUCAGAAGAAGAGAUGCCAUACUCUUGCCCAGGAUUAAAAACCCACCAAUCCCCAUUGAACAUCAUAGUGCUGGUCGUACUGAGGCUGAGAGGUUUGUCAGACGAGCGUUUUAUCGUACACUUGCUACUGCCCACUUACAGAUGUACACGAGUCCUUCAGACGUCCUCCACCUCUCGCUCGUUUUUCCGUCGCAAAAUAGACCUUUUAAUCUUUUUUUUAAAAAAAACCAAUGUGCUUUUUUUUUUUAAAAAAAAUAAUAAUUAAAAAACAAUUUUUAAAAAAAUCUCCUGCUGGGUGCAGGAAAAGCGGUGUGAUAAAAACAACCUCUGAAUGGACCACAUGGUCUUUGUUGACUUCCUCUUUCCCCUCCGGGAACAAUGAGGAAGUGUGGAGAAGCGAUGGUAAGCUGUCGGGGAGGGGGAAGAAAUGGCAGCUAGGAGCUGGAGGCUAGAGGUGUGAAUCCCCCUGGGCCCUGCCCCUGUUAAACUGGCCUGCUGCCUGAGUGGUGGUGGAGGACAUCGUCCAGUCACCAGUGUUAAAAUAAGACUCACCUGCCAGGUGUCUUGGCUUAUGUCCUUCGAAGGGGAGAGGCCUAAUCUUGUCUUUCGCCACAGGCAGCAAAACAUUGUGUGCCAGUCUUGGAAAUUUGCACAUCCUCCACUGCUCAUAUCUUUCAGGACGAUCCAUUUCCAAAGCAGUGUUGGUGCGAGUUUUUGGCUGCAAGACCUAAAUGGAAUAAUCUUAAGCCAUUUCUCCUGCCUGGACAAGUUGGAGUUCAGUCUUCCCCUAUAUUGCCAGCCAACAUCUUCCUCCACCUUUCCCUUUGGCUUCCUUGUUAUUCAAUCUCCACCCCACCUCAUCGUCCAAUGUCCCUUAAUCCCAUUUUGCAGCUGGUGUAGGGUGCAAUUUAUAAUAAGCCAUAAAAUAAGACUUUAUUCCAAAAUAACAAAAUAAAUAAUCUA